UAUAUUUAUAAAGCGAAUGCAACAGCGCAGGUUGCCGGGAGUGUGUUUGUGUCGUUGUGCACCUCAGAUACGAAUAUGCGGACGUUCUUGGUGCUAGCGUGCGUGAGUGCUGCAGUGGCGGUAGCGGUGCCGGUAGAAUAUGGCGGGUACUUCGCGCAUGCGCCUGUUGUACACGCGGCCCCCGUGGUACACGCAGCCCCCGUGAUACAUGCGGCCCCUGUUGUACAUGCUGCCCCGGUUGUUCAUGCUGUGCAAGCUGAGCCUGUUGCUUAUCCAAAGUAUGCGUUUAACUACGGAGUAAAGGACCCACACACUGGUGACAUCAAAUCGCAGCAAGAGGAACGUGAUGGAGAUGUCGUUAAAGGAAGCUAUUCUUUAGUGGAGCCUGAUGGUUCUACCAGGACGGUAGCGUACUCCGCAGACGACCACACUGGCUUCAACGCUGUUGUGCACAAAUCUGGUCAUGCAGUUCAUCCGCAACAAGUAGCGGUUGCGCAUGCGGCUCCAGUACACUACGCGGCUGCUCCCAUCGCAGUGGCAUCUUACGGUCAUGGCUACGGUCUACACUAACUACUUAAAUCUACUAAACUACUUAAGUCCUGACCAAAUAUCUUGACCACUCUGAA